AUGACACUUGCCGGAAGUAAAGCAUUUAUUGGUCAGCCAGCUCCUACCUUCAAAACAACAGCGGUUCUGAAUGGUGAUUUCAAGGAGAUUUCACUUAGUCAGUAUAAGGGGAAAUAUGUGGUGCUCUUCUUUUAUCCACUUGAUUUCACAUUCGUUUGCCCAACGGAGAUAAUUGCUUUUUCUGAUCGUAUUGCGGAGUUCAAACAAUUGGAUGUCGCUGUUAUGGCAUGCUCAACAGACUCGCACUUCUCGCACCUUGCUUGGGUAAAUACUGAUCGAAAAAUGGGUGGACUUGGUCAGAUGAAUAUACCUAUUCUUUCCGAUACGAAUCAUGCAAUCAGCCGAGCAUAUGGUGUGCUCAAGGAAGAUGAUGGGAUUGCCUAUCGUGGAUUAUUCAUCAUUGAUCCAAAUGGGAUUUUGCGGCAGAUCACUGUUAAUGAUCUUCCAGUGGGUCGUUCUGUAGACGAAACUUUACGUCUGAUUCAAGCUUUCCAGUUUGUUGAUAAGCAUGGUGAAGUGUGUCCAGCUAACUGGCAUCCGGGAUCUGAAACGAUUAAGCCAGGAGUGAAAGAAAGCAAGGCGUAUUUUGAAAAGCACUGAAAAUGCACGACAUUGAACUCAGUGAUAUUUUGAUUAGAUACGUGAAGAGGCAUUAGUGGAAACGACAUGUCCUCCUUACUAUAUUCAAAUAUUGAUUAUGCGCAAGCAUAUUACUCGUCAGUUUUUAUAUUUCGUAUGGAUACUUACAUCUCUUUUGCAGUUGAUCUUUUUUUUUCUUUUAUUUACUUUUUAUUGCCGAAUAAAAUUUUGGUGUGUU